AUGCUUGCAAAUGUCACCAAUGACACUAUGGAUUGCCAUGAGCACCUCAAAAACAAGGCCAUCACCAGAUGUGACCAGCGUCUAGAUCCUUCCAUCAUCAUCAAAGACGAAGUCGAUCAUCGCUUCUGUGCCGACAGCGUCUUUUCCAGGGUCUUGCAACGUCGUAUAUUCCUUAAAAACUCGACCAUGUCCUUACGUGAUUUACAGAGUCUCCGCCGGUCCAGCAGGAGAACAACAGAUAGCGACAACUUCGAGUCGUAUCAGGAGCUGUACCAGGAGAUCAUAGAUACCUUUGGCCUUCUCGACUAUCAGAUCAUGCCCUUGACCUGCGACCCACUUGCGCAAUUCAAAACCGUCAACGCUGCAGGCAAGGAAAAGCUUCCGCGACCCCCGCUUCAGAAGCUGAUUCCCGCUCUUCGUUCUGACAUCAGCACUUUGUCCGAGACGCUCCGUCGAUACAUGUGCACCUACUUGCAUCCACACAACGUCCUCCAACAGUCGAAAGAAUCGCUCAAACAGCGUUUCAGAGUCAUCAGAGCUAUCCAGAACCUCUAUGCAGAGCAUUCCAUCAUGCUCGCUCCGCAAGAUGAUGCCUUCUUCUUCAGAGAUUGCAAAGUCUGUGCAAUCUACGAUCCCGAGAUCAUUCGCUUCUGCCGCGAUCUCCACUGCAUCCUCCUCAAGAUCUUCCACGCACAGCGUGUCAAGCCUCCCUCCUGUCGCUUUUUCACUCCUAUGCCAGAGAUGUCGGAUGGCGAGGUGUCAGAUGAUUGA